AUGACUCCUUCCAACCCUCUCAACGCAGAUUACGCAUGGCCACUAUGGGACAACGAACCGAUUGAAGACGCCUUUGAACUUGAUACCACUGGGGGCAUUGACAAAGCCGUCGCGAAGAGCGUUGCGCGACCAUGGCUUUUCGGCUUCAAGCCCACUAGUGCCUCUUCGAACGAUAAAGCUAUCCUGAUUCUGGGCGGAGGAGGAUAUGUCGAGCUUAUGGUCGGAAGAGAAGGCAUUCAGGUGGCGAGGUGGUUAGCAGGCUUAGGAUUUCACGCUUUCGUGCUGAUCCACCGCUUCCCCAAUAAGGAGACGAAGAGUCAGGCGCCGGUAGAUGAUGCAAGGCGGGCGUUGAGUCUGAUCGAAGAGAAGAACCUUGCGCGAGGAGGUCUGGCGAUAUGCGGUCUUUCUUCUGGCGGCCAUCUCGCUGCAUCCAUACUUGCGCAAUACCCCACAAGCUGGAUCAAUCCUGAUGCGAAGGGCGACCUACCAAAGGUCGAAUUUGCCAUUAUUGGCUACGCGCCAAUCUCCACGAAUGCGAAGGGUCGUCAAAUCAUUCCGAACAAGCCAGCCCUUGAGCCACGGGAGAAGCAGACGCUGUACGAUGAGAUGCAGCCAGAUGAGCUUUUGAGACAUCCCGCACCACCGACGUUCAUUGUGUAUGCUGGAAACGAUCCGGUUGUGCCUGUGAUCAAUGCAUACCGGCUUGCUGAAGCUAUGACAAAAGGUGGUGCGGCUGUUGAGCUUCACGUUUUCUCGGACGCGCCGCAUGGAUUUGCCCUGGACACUCCAGGAAUGCCGGUAAGCGAUUGGCCCGUUAUAUGUGAGAAAUGGAUGAAGCAGUGCGGGUUUCUUAUUUGA